AGAUUUUAAUGCUCUCUGGAAUUGGACCAAAAAAUAAUUUAGAAGAAAAUAAUAUCAAAGUUCGUAAAGAAUUACCAGUCGGACGUAAUUUAUUGGAACACCCUUCAUGUUGCGUCUCUGCCAAAGUUUCUGUUCCGAAUUGUACAAGUGCUUCUCAAUUACAUUAUUCGAGUAAUGGUUAUGAGCUUGGAAUGUUUUAUAAAAGUGAUAUUGAUGGAAAAAUUCCUAGUCAAGAGCAUUUCCUUGAUGAACGUCCUAAUAUUCAAUUUUAUGGUAAGCACAACUAACUCGGACUCGCUAUUGCUGAACCAGGAAAAAAUGAAAUUCUUACUUUGUUAUCGGUUCUUAAUCUUCCAUCAAGUGUUGGUCAUUUAGAAUUACGUAGCUCUAAUCCAUUUAUACAUCCAAAAAUAUUUCUUAACCUUUAUGAAAAACCUGAUGAUUUGUAUAAUAUGAUGAGCAGUCUUAAA